AUGUCUCUGUCCACUCUUCAACCGAAGAAAAACACCUCAAACGAGUACGUUCAAAAAGAAUACGCCGCAAACGAGACCCUCAGAAACGAAACACUGGCCCAUCCUCUACGCCGCCACGUCAAAAGGAGCUAUGGCAGGCUGCACAUAUCGAGAUACCCUUACCGCGAGCUCGCCCGCUUCCAUCGCCAGCUCCAGCUGCGUCUAAUGGAACUAUUUGUAGGUAGAGUCUACAUCGAAGCAUUCCCCGUCGCGAUACGCCAGGUCCUCGACGACAACCAGCGGCCCCCGGGCAUGAUCAGCGGCACAUUUCGCGACAGCAGCGUGUUUUUCAAGAUUCUCAUAGCGUAUAUCGCAAGUGUCAAGGAUGAUGCGACAGAGGACAGACUUGUGAUGAUGAAAUCAGUGCCGCGAGAUUUACUCAGGGAUGCAGACUGGGCAGCGGAGAUUGCGCCGCAUUGUCGGUUCAUGUAUCUCGAGGCUCAAAGGCUGCUGUUUCUGCAUGUUAAUGUGGAAACUAGAUAUAUCGAGUCGUUUGCGAGGGAGCAGCUGCACUAUGAUGAUACUGAUGAAGGGGUUGAAGGGCAUGCGCUGGGAAGGAUAGACGAAUUUUUGACUCAGCAGCUUUCGGGGAUGAAUAUCUCGGCGACAGAAUACGAGUUUCUUGCCCUGAAGAGCUGCACGACAAAUGGUAUCUACUCGUCACCAUAUCUCGAAGAGGACAUAAAAUCGACACGCAGCUGUGACCGUAUGUUCGUGUCUCGACUCAGCACUUCUUCUACUACAAAUACUGCAGCUACAGCUACAGAUGCCAACGGCAAUCCAUGGCCUACACUGGUCAUCGAGACAGGCCCAGGGUUUUACAACCCUGCCUCCCGCUGGUACAUGCACUACGCCGUCGACUGGUGGUUCUCACAAAGCGAGGGCGCCACUAAAAUCGUCUUGCUACUGUACUUUGACCACUUUCAGCGAGAAACUAUUGUCGAGAAAUGGGUGUACGACGCACAACACCUGCCAUUCAGAAAGCGUAUUGCCCAAACGCUUAUCGUGAAUUUGUCUUCUGGCAGCAAAAAGGCCAAUAACCAGAUGACCGAAGUCGCCGGCGAUACGCUUGUUCUGGAGCUGGGUGCACUACUUGGCCGAGAAAAGGGUGAAGGGGAGACGGAUAUUGUUAUUGAUAAGGAGACACUGGGCGCGUGCGCAGAGGGGUUCUUGAUAGACUGGCGCAAUCUGGGGCGUGGUAGGGUUGAAGCUUUGGAUCGGGACAAGAUUCGUCCUCCUGAACUGCCAUCUUCUUUUCCUCCUGCGGUGUCGACUUUUUCUCCAGAGUUGACGGAUUCUCUUGAAAUACCUCAAUAUCCCCCUUUUACGAUGCCGUCUGCAGUUCCUCCGAAAAAUCCGUUUCUACCUACUGAUUCAUCCGACUGA